AUGACAAGGUGGAUAUUCCGAGGACCCAGCCCUGGGAAAGCUGGGGAGAGAACACAGGUGCGCUCCAGGCAGGGGCUGGGAGACGCCUGCGCUCAGGCGUCCAGCGUCCUCAGGUCAUGGAGUGGGCUGAGGACUGCUGAGAGCUGUCAUGGGAAGGCCAGUCUUGAAGGAAGGACAAUUGUCCCUGUUUGGGAGAACCCAAGGCGGCAAGUAUCUAGCCAUAGAAUAAAGAACGAAAUUCAGGGCUGGGGGUUUAGCUCAGUGGCACAGUGCCUGCUUGGCAAAUGCAAGGACGUGAGUUUGAUUCCCGGUACGGAGAAAAAAAAAAACAUACAAAAGAACGGAAUUCAGAGCAUCUGGCGGCGCUCAGUGUCUUCCUUUAGGGCUGUACCAUCUUUUCCAACAGAAUUUAGAAGCCCACCGUGGGCUCCUCUGACUUCUCCAUCCACGGGUGGGAGCCCGGAUGAGCUGCAAUGGCAGCUCGCGGCCACCAGAUGGCGCGCGGAACCCGCAGAGCAGGGGCGCGGGGCGGGGCUCGGGAAAGGUGUCGCGGCGGCGUGUCCGGCCCAGCGCCCAGAAAGCGCAUUUUGGGAGACGCGGGUGACAGUGCGCAGCUGUCCUUUGCUCGCCGCCCUCCUGGGGACACGUCCGCAGCGCGCCACGCCCUGCAGCCCACCCGGGCCACUCGUCCUCGCGGGCGCAGGGCUGGAGCGUCUGGGAGCAGUCGUGUGCGCGCCGCGGGGCGGGGGCGUCUCAGGCCUGUUUGUCGUGCCUGCGCGUUCCUGGCGGACGCCCUCCUUCCGGCGCUCGGCGCUGGCUCGGUGGGGUGUGAGGUUUUUAAGUAAUUUCAAACCUCAGCCCUGGAGAGUUAAUGAGUUGCUUAGGCCGCUGGGGCAUGAAAGAAAGUCUUGCAUUUGGAGUGGUUAUUGCUUGCCCAGAGCGCUGGAAGGAGCGGGGAGGCGGGAGGCCGGAGACUCGGGCCACCCAUGCCGUGAAGUAAUCCGCCAGAAAUGCAGUGCGGAGUGGAGAAAGGAGCGCACGCUCACCCCGGGGCAUCGCGCGCCGCCGGCAGUGUGCACCCUCACCCCGCCGCCCUGCGCCGCAGUCGCAGAUCUGGGUGCGCCACACAGACACCAGGACGUGGCCGACGUCAAGUCCAGAUCUGAGCAUGUGAUCCCGAAAGUGAAGACAGAAAUGGCAACAUUCAAAUUUAUGAUGGUUUACACUUUUGACCCAUCAGAGGCUUGUAUGGACUUAAAAAAAUAAAGGAGAACCUAGUAUUCAA